UUGUUCCUUACCUGUUGUUUUUCAGUAAGGACCUGAAUCAUGCUGCCUGUAGCCUUGUUGACGGUGUAUCUGGGUGUGGUUCUGUCGGCCCCGGCUCUGGACCCAGAGCUGGACCAGCACUGGGACCAGUGGAAGAGCUGGCACCAGAAGAAGUACCACGAGAGCGAGGAGGGCUGGAGGAGGAUGGUGUGGGAGAAGAACCUGAAGAAGAUCCAGUUGCACAACCUGGAGCACUCCAUGGGCAAACACACGUACCGGCUGGGCAUGAACCAGUUUGGAGACAUGACUAACGAGGAGUUCAGACAGGUUAUGAAUGGCUUGAAGCCCACAUCACACAGGAAGACCAAGGUGUCCGUGUUCAUGAAGUCCAACUUCCUGAAAACUCCUGACAGCGUGGACUGGAGGAGCCAAGGUUACGUCACACCUGUGAAGAACCAGGGUUCUUGUGGUUCCUGUUGGGCUUUCAGCGCCACUGGAGCCCUGGAGGGCCAGCUCUUCAGGAAGACCAGCAGGCUGGUGUCCCUGAGCGAACAGAACCUGGUGGACUGUUCAAGACCUGAAGGCAAUUAUGGCUGCGGUGGUGGUUGGAUGGAUCAAGCCUUCCGGUACAUCGAGGACAGCGGUGGUCUGGACACUGAGACCUCCUAUCCUUACCAGGGAACAGAUCAGACAUGUCGCUACAGCUCAGCGUCCAGCGCAGUCAACGUGACGGGAAUCGUUGACGUCCCCAAAGGCAGUGAAGUGUCUCUGAAGGAGGCCGUGGCCUCGGUGGGCCCAGUUUGUGUUGCUAUUGAUGCCGGCCAUUAUUCCUUCCAGUUUUACGCAUCAGGUAUUUUCUACGAGCCGGCCUGCAGUUUGGUACCAAACCACGGGGUUCUGGUGGUGGGUUAUGGUACGGAAAGUUCUGCAGACUACYGGCUGGUGAAGAACAGCUGGGGUGAAUCCUGGGGUGAUAAGGGCUACAUCAAGAUGUCCAGAAACAAAAACAAUAACUGUGCCAUAGCGUCGUUCGCCAGUUAUCCUGUGGUCUGAGAGCAGCGGCACAUCGUGACAUCACAGCUCUGAUGGUGAAGAAGUGAGGAAGACCUUUGUGUGCUUCAUCCUGAGGAAACCGUUGGUUUUAUGUGGUUCUUAUAAAUGUGACUUCACUGCUCAGGUUUUAA